AUGCUUCAGGUCACCCAAGGAAAACUGAACGUACUCGCCAGAGAACAUAAUGCCCUUCCCCAGCGUUUGUUGGAAUUUAAAGGCGUGGCAGAAGACAAUGACGGAGAAAAAGCAGCAAAGGGUGCUAAAGCUGACGUUACGUUCAAUGAUGUGGAAGAAACGCGUCAGGUCCCCGAAGACAAGUUGAGCGAACCUGCCCAGCAAGAGAAUGCGCUACAGCAACUCUCCGAGGAGGAUAAAGAGACAAUCAAGCAGUUCACAGCUCUUUGGAUCAGAACUUGGGACGAAAUAGAAGCUACACACGACGACUAUGCAUCUAGUCACUGA